AACGGAUAGGAUGGAGGAGAAACAAGCAAGGGCAAGGACUCAGAUAACGUAGUGGGGCGUUUCGGACCUCACCAGUGGCUGCGCUACAGGUGUAGAUGGGGGAUAUGACAUUGUAGAUUAGGAGACAGCAGUUGGCAAUUAAUUAUUGGGUCAACCUACAGAAAGAUAGGGAGGGUGUUGAUCCAUCUGAUUUGUUUAAGAGAUGUCUGGAUACUGUGUAUCAGGAUUUUGUGGCUAUUUACACAGAUGGUUCAGGACGUACUGGGUCAGCGUUUGCGAUGCAGGACUGUGGGGUGGCAGUCAAGAAACAUAUUACAGAUUAUCUGGCUGUAUAUAAGGCAGAGUUGAUAGCCAUACUGUUGGCCUUGCAGUGGGUGGAGGAAGUCAAGCCAGACAGAGUAGUUAUUUGCUCUGAUUCAUGUGCAGUGUUGAUGAGUCUCCAGUCCUUUAGGUCACAUGGCAGACAAGGCCAUGUUUAAUGAGGGUCUACAAACCCAUGGCAAGAUUAGACAGAUGGGUAUACAGAUAAGAUUUACUUGGGUCCCAGCCCAUGUGGGGGUGGAGGGGAACGAGGCAGUUAAUGUACUGGCUUAACAAGCACUUAGUAGUGGGGAUGUUGUAGUUUCAAUAAGCAAGGCAGAGGCAACACGCCUGAUAUGGACAGUGAUGUUGCAGAGAUGGCAGGAACAGUGUAAUAGAGAUACGAAGGGGAGGCAUUUAUUUCAAGUAAAGAGGCAAGUCAGGGAGGGGAGGACGCACAUUUAUAAUUCUAACAGCGUUUUUGUUGGCAGAGUAUUUAAAUGUGUUAAAAUAUAGUUCAAUUUCUUUUUGCAAGGGAAGAAGAAGAAUAACCAAGCACGAACCGUGGUCAGACUAAUGGAAGGCGUGUCUUGACACGGCAGACAAAUCAGGGGUCGGUUUACUUGUUCCUAGCUCGAUAGCUUUGUCAAGUUAGCUAACAGCAGCUCACGGCUGUGAACAGCAUGUCCAUUCAACACUCAGGGAAACAGGCAACAUGCCAUGAAAUCCCAUCAAAUUCACAACGCAGAUAGAUACCCGUUAUAGCUACGCUAUAAACUAGAGGUGGUCAGGAUGGGGGAGCGGCCUGUUGUUACCCCCUCAGCUGGGAUCACUCCAGUGCAGCAGAUGCUGGCCUCUGGCACUGGGGCGCUGCUCACAUCAGUGUUCGUCACACCACUGGACGUUGUGAAGAUAAGGCUGCAGGCCCAGCAAACACCAUUCUAUCAAGCUUUAGCUGCUGACUCUGCUUCAUGGAGUGGUGUAAUCCGCCCCUCCAAAUGGAAGUGCUUCCUGUAUUGUAAUGGCCUGAUGGAUCACAUUUAUGUGUGUCAGUAUGGGGCCAGCUGCACCAGCUGGUACAAAACACCAACCCACUUCAGUGGCACCCUGGAUGCUUUUGUGAAGAUCACGCGCAACGAGGGGGUCAGGUCUCUGUGGAGCGGGCUGCCUCCCACACUGGUGAUGGCGGUGCCUGCCACUGUCAUCUACUUCACCUGCUAUGACCAGCUCAGAGACUUACUGCGCUACGGCAUGGGGUUCCAAGGCAACUACAUCCCCCUGGUGGCUGGGGGUCUCGCUAGACUGGGAGCAGUGAGUGUGAUCAGCCCAUUAGAGCUGGUGCGUACCAAGAUGCAGUCCCGGAAGCUGACCUACAGCGAGCUGAGGGUGUGUAUCCGCUCUAGUGUUGCCCAGGAUGGCUGGCUGUCCCUGUGGAGGGGCUGGGGACCCACCGUCCUACGAGACGUCCCCUUCUCAGCCCUGUACUGGUUCAACUAUGAGCUGGUGAAGGCCCAGCUGUGUGAUCAGUACAAUGUGUCUCAGGCCACCUUCUCAAUCAGCUUCACAGCAGGAGCCAUCUCUGGAGCUGUUGCUGCCAUCAUGACUCUACCUUUUGACGUGGUGAAGACACGAAGACAGAUCCAACUGGGGGAGAUGGAGACACUGGGAGUCCCUGUGAAGAAUCCCACAUCCACAUGGCAUAUCAUGAGGGGAAUUUUGGCUGAAUCGGGAUACAGGGGGCUCUUUGCAGGUUUCCUACCCAGGGUGAUCAAAGUUGCCCCAGCCUGUGCUGUCAUGAUCAGCACCUAUGAGUUUGGGAAGAUCUUCUUCCAGAAGAUAAACCUUGACCGAGAGCAACAGGCCUGCUGAGGGGCUGUGUGUGUGGAGAAGCAGGGUUGGCUACCUUCUUCUGUGGCAGAAUGGGAAGAGACUAUUAGCAGCAGCCAAUGCACAGGAUUUUUUGUCUGUUUUCUAGCCCUUUCUAUUGGCCCACAGGGAGGCUACUCCUACAACUGUGAACACUGUCAUAAGUGUAUCCAUGAAUGUGUCCAUUAGUUAAAUUCAGAACUGUGGGGGAACGGCCCUGUGACCUAAGGCUUAUUCAGACUUUAGCAUGCUUUCCUUGCACGCUAAAAGUGUUCAUCUUUGCUAGUACAGCCCCCUGCUGUUCAUACCUGGGAUAACACUUCUAACAACAACCCUAAAAAAACUGCAUGCAAAGUAAUCCAUUCAAUCAAGACCUUCCCUUCAACUACUAGCCCAGACCAAAUGCAAGGCUGAGCUGAGAUGAGUGGAUAUUCUUAAUGUAGCAUUCUCUCAUAUUGAUUUGUCAUCUGACCAAAUGUAGCUUACUAUUCAAUGUCCAUUUUUGUGAUGGGAAUAAAUACCAUGUAGGUGGGUUACCAUGGCUCAUUCCCCUAGGAUGAGAAAUGGGUUUUAUGAGUUAAUUUGGUACAUGUUAUUCAAUCAACCGAAAUACUUCAGACAAAACAGCUGGCAAAUUGACUAUGCUAUCUAAAAGGGGUUGACAUACUUUUUAUUUAUAUUUUUACAUGAUUGAAUGUGUGUAGGUUUUCUGUUGAUCCAUUUCAGACCUGGGCUCAAUAUAGUUUUUUUGAAGAACGUUCAUUAGAUUUUUUUUCAGCAUUUGAGAAAGAUCUGGAGUUCUACAAACUAGGCUACUGGACUGAACUGAGUUGUUGCCUUGAUCUUCAAUUUGUGUGUUUAUUAUUUCUUGUGUACCUUACAUGGAUGUAUAGAAUGUUUUGUAUGCUCUGACUGGUUUUACUGUUUUAAAAUUAUUAUUUUUCACCUUUAUUUAACCAGGUAGGCUAGUUGAGAACAAGUUGAGAUGGACAGUUGUAAAAUAAAAAGGUGUUGCACCAAU